CUCACACACAAAGUUUUGUCGUAGGAUAGUUGGUCGCUGUGCUGAAAAUCUUCCAGAAACUGUUCCUGACCUACAGUCCUAAGCACAGAUCUAGGAUCAGAUCAUCCUCAUCAAAUCCAAACCAGGACCUUAUUAAACCACAAGGGGAAACCUGACCUCAGACCAGCGUUAAAACCUCACAUCUUCCUGCCCAGACACUGACACUCCGUCCAGAAUUCCUCUGCGCUCCAGCCGUCCAUCCAUCCAUCCAGCUGUCCAUCCAUCCAUCCACACCCCAGCCAUCCAUCCAUCCAGCUGUCCAUCCAUCCAUCCACACCCCAGCCAGCCAGCCAUGGGUCUGAUGAGCGAGGACAUGGAGUGCUGUGUCUGCCUCCAGCCCUACUCUCGCAAGGAGAAGAUUCCUCGGAUGCUCCACUGUAAGCACACAUUCUGUGGGCUGUGCUUGCAGGCGAUGUCCAGGCUCCAGAGCGGCCUACUGACAGUCUGCUGCCCCCUGUGCCGUUGGAUCACCUGCACCGAGCCCAGCCUCACCCUGCCGGGGUCGCUGUGGGUUAACACUGAGAUCUGGGACCAGAUACUAGACAGAAAACAGGAAGAGGAGGAGGAGGAGGAAGAGGAGGAAGAGUGGAAGGGAGCUAACAGACAGACACAGACCACUACACAGUACAAAUGUUCUACAUCAAGGCAUUGUGGCCUGAGGCUCAAACUACAGAAUUUCCUGAGGAGGAUGAAGCACAAUGUACUGUAAACCGAAAAGACGAAGAGCAGAGAAAGAAGACUGGAUUUUCCCAUUUCAGAGUAGGAGAUACUUAUUGAGUAAUGAAGCUAAUUCAUAAAACAGGACCGACUGGUGAUUUUCCAUAAUGAAGCAAGAUUGAACCAAUUAUUCAUAUGCUUUGUGUUUGAUUGACUUUGGGUGUAAUGUUCUCAGUCAACUUACCUGGUAAAAUAAGGGUUCAAUUAUAAUAUUAAUAAUAUAGGAUGGAUAGGUGGAGGAAAUAAAAAAUAAGAUAUUAAAUGGAUUGAGGAAGAAAGAAAGAUAAAGGAAGUUAUGAAUAGAUGGAGAGACAGACAGACAGACAGACAGACAGACAGACAGACAGACAGACAGACAGACAGACAGACAGACAGACAGACAGACAGACAGACAGACAGACAGACAGACAGACAGACAGACAGACAGACAGACAGACAGACAGACAGACAGACAGACAGACAGACAGACAGACAGACAGACAGACAGACAGACAGACAGACAGACAGACAGACAGAUAGAUAGAUAGAUAGAUAGAUAGACAGACAGACAGAGGGGUGAAGGUUAGAGACUGUGUGCUGUACAAUGUGUGCUGUGUACAAUACAAUAUACUGUGAUCAAUGUUUAUAAUAAUGUUUAAUGAUUUGAUAAAAGGUGUAUUACUGCGUGAAGGAAGUGGAGGUUCAGUAUUUAUUAUGACAUCAUUUUAGAACAGCUUUAAUGUUGCAGAUUGUUUCUUUUAUCAAUGUAAUUGUCUGCAUCAUUUCCAGUCCCACAAACCAGGGAUGUUGGAUUUGUUGAUCCUCAUUGUACAUGUUUAAUUCAUCUGUUCUGUUUGAAGAGCAGGUUUUUUAUACUGGAAUUAUAUUUAUUGGUUAAUAAAUACAUCCACUUUAAAAUAA